CGGCUACCGUCGAUCAGCCCUGCCAAAAAACUGCCCAAACUCGCAGCUUCAGCAAACACCUCUCCUCAACCAACCAACUACCAACUCCCCCGACCCACCACAACAUCAUCACCAUGGAGUACGAAAACGAACAGCGCGGCUACGAUGACGAGCCUCGCGGCUAUGAACGCGACCGCAGCAGGUCUCCGCGUGGUGACCGUCGCGACGAUGGCGCGCGCGCCCGUAGUGCUUCACCUGGCGGCCGCGACAGCCGUGGCCCACCGCCAGAGCGCAGGGACGAUGACGAUGAGAGCCGCAACUCAGGCUCCAACCUCUUCGUCACUGGCAUCCAUCCUACUCUCAGCGAGGAAGAGGUCACUCGUCUCUUCGAGAAGUAUGGCGAGGUAGAGCAGUGUAACAUUAUGCGCGAUCCUCACACAAAGGAGUCUCGUGGCUUUGGCUUCGUCAAGAUGGUCACCUCCGAGCAGGCUGACGCAGCAAAGGAGGGUCUACAAGGAGAGGUCCACCAGGGCCGGACGCUCAGCAUUGAGAAGGCUCGCCGUGCGCGUCCUCGUACUCCCACCCCGGGCAAGUACUACGGCCCGCCCAAGCGUGAGUUCGGUGGACGUGGUGGCCGGGGCGGCCCUCGCUACAACGAUCGCUACACUGACGACCGCCGUGGCGGCUACGGCCGACGCGAUGACUACGGUUCCCGCAGCUCAAGAUACGACGAUCGCGGCUACGGUGGCGGCCGUCGCGACGACUAUGGUCCUCGUGGUGUCGACCGCUAUGCUUCUGACCGCAGCUACGGUGGCAGGGACGGCGGCCGUGAUGGAGGACGCGAUGGCGGACGCGAUGACCGCCGGGGAGGUGGAGGUGGCUAUUACGACAGGCCUCCACCCCCAGCUGCUGGCGCCUACGACGCUCCUCCUCCGCGUGAGGCGUACGGUGGUGGAGGACGCUCGUACGAGGGUGAUUACGAUCGCUCAUACCGCUAGCUCUCAGCUGACCCAGGCAGAACCCAAGCGGUACUAAGUUAGGGUUCGUAUGGCUUCCUCGGUUUGUCGCCUCUCUCAGCACUUCAUUCCUGUAAUCCCAUGGCUACUUCACUGGGUUCAGUUUAAUACGGCUUUCACACGCACACAAAGGAAAUGUGGUCGACAAAAGUUCUUCGAUAUGGUUCGCAGCAAGGUAGGAUCAUACCAUGAUCUGGCGUCUUGCAGCUCGACAUCGUCUUAGCCCUUCGUCGGCUCGGUAUUUUCCU